GGCUCCCGCCGGACCACCCGCUGCUGCGGGGGGCUCAAGCAGCACUGAAGCAGCAGCAGCAGCAGCAGCUGCAGCAGCUGCAGCACGCGCUGCAGCAGCAGAAGGUGGAGCAGCAAAAGGUCGAUCGGCAGCACGAAGAAACGGGGAAGCAGCUUUAUGAGGAGCAGCAAAAGUUAAAAAGACUGAAAGCAAGAAUUAGUCAAGUGGCUGAAGAAGAAAAAACUGUCAAACAACAGCCGCCGCAGCAACAUCAGCAGCAGCUGCAGCAGCAAGCCCCAUCUUCUGCCGCUGCUGCUGCUUCCGUUGCCACUGCUGCUGCUGCUACUUUUGCUCUUGUCGCUCUUGUUGCUGCUGCUGUUGCCGCUGCUGCUGCUACUACUAUUGAUGCUGCUGCCAUUACUGCUGCUGCCGCUGCCGCUGCUGCUGCUGCAGGGGAGAUAGAGGAGAUAGCAGCAGGAAAGAAGCAGCUGCGGAUCCAGCUGGGCAGCUGCAUGCAGGGCCUCGAGCGAAGAGCAGCAGCAGAAAUAAAAAUAAAAAAAGAAAUUGAAAACCAAAACAACAAAUUGCAAAAUGCAACUAUGGACACGCGAGAAGUAGAGGAGACGAAGCAGCUUUUGUCGGAGUGCAAAAAGAAAGAAGAAGAAUUAAUUAAAAUUGAAUUUGAUGCAGCACAGCUGCAGCUCGAGCGCGUGGGGCUGCAGGCAGCAGCAGCAGCAGCAGCAGCAGAAGCAUCUGCAGUAGAAGCAGACAUUGCAGAAAAGGAAAACCUCCUUGACCAGUUUAAGGCCGAAAUAAGAAAAGGGCAUAUUCGCAUUAGCCGCAAAGAAAUGCUAGUGGACCAAUUAAACAGAGAAUAUGACGCAAAGAGAAGUGCACAUGGAGACGAAUCCUCGGGGCUGCUCGACGGCACGAUUCGACAGCUGCGAAACAAACUGACGCAAAACACCCAAGACAUUGCCCACCUGCAGCAGGCCUGGGUCCAGAAGCAAACAGACUUACUAAAUUUGCAAACCAAAAUUAGCGAGAAAAAAGAAGAAGUAGCAGCAAAGAAAGACGAAAUCCUCAUUCGGCAGCAGCGCAGCCAGCGAGUUGCUGCUGCAGUCAGCAGCAGCAAAAAGGAGCUAGCCAAGUUGCAGGGGGAGCUGCGGGCGCAGCAGCAGCUAGCUGAGCGGGUGCAGCGGCAGCUAGCUGCCUUCAAGCAGCAGCAGCAGCAGCAGCAGCAGGAAGCAAACGCAGCAGCAGAAGAGAACAGACUGAAGCUCCAGCAAAAGCUCGCCGCCAAAGAAGCGCUGCUCCAAAGCAUCAAGAAGACGGAAGCGGAGAGGGAGCGGAGUUUGGAAGAAACUUUAAACCUCGAAAGAGAAAUUGCUUUAUGGGAAGAAAAGAUUAAACUCGAAAAGGAAAUGCAACAAGCUGUAGACCCCAACCUUGGACAGGUGGAGGAGAGCGUGGCGACUUUAAAGAGGGAAAUAAAAGAAGCGGAAGAAAAGACAAAAGAGACAGAAGAAAAAAUGGAAACAGAAAAAGUGCGGCUGCUGUUUGAAAAGGGCUGCCUCGUCCAAAUACAAAGACUGGUGAAGGACUUAUCAACUUUGACAGACGAGGAGAUUCAAACCAAUUUGAAACCUUCAAUUGAAUUGGCUCUGCACAAAGUCCAGUCAGAAGCAGCUUCGGUCGCCUCAGCAAUUGAAGAGACGGAGCAGGUAUGUAAACCCUAA